GAGGGGGUCAGUGACCCCAUUUGAGAUCUGGAAAGAGUCAGAAGAAGAAGGUUUUAAUCACAAUAUAAUCACAAUAUAAACAAGUGUCGUUUAGAAGAAGCGAGUGAUUCUCACCUGUGUGUUUCCCAUAAAUUCUGCCCAAACGUGUGAAGGUGAAGGUAAAACAAAAGCGCAGCCCUGGGCUUACAAACAGGCAUCAUUUCCCAGAACUAUUUGCUUUUCUUGGUGCCUUUGUAGCGACAGAGCUUUACCUAUAAUUUCCUUUCCACUCUGGAAAUAGCAGAAGCAAAUAACAUUUGUAGCAAAGGGCUUUCCUUUGGCUGGAGGAAGUAUACCAUAUAUGGGUAUGUACGUCACAGGCCUGUUGGUAACUCCGAGACUGUACCAACUGUGGGUUACAAACAGGGGGAGUUAUUGCCAAAAACGAUUCUCCUCCGUUGCUUCAAGGAACAUUUAGUAUUCAGUUAUUACACAGUUAGAAUUGGUACAGGGUUAUUAUCUGUGAUACAUCGUACUCGACCUAUUUAAAGGAUCUGUCAACGCAGUUUAGCAAAGCUGACAAGCAAAGUCCACCCCUCCUGUAUGUAGUGAAGUCUGCCGCUCUCCAUUCAUAAACUUUACACUGGGAGGAGUGUGAGUCAGAGUGAGUGAAACUGUAGAGGAGUGAGGAUCCAGAACAUGUACAGAGAUUUCACUGGAGCCUUCCCUCAGUCACAUUUAGGGUGCAGCAGCAGCAGCCACAGCCCACACACCUCCGGAUCCUCCCCAAUUAUAGGAACUUCAGGAAUGGGACACAGCGUCAGAUUGAACCCAAGCGAGGAUACUCAGCAGAAGUAUCACUCGUCCUCCAGUCCCUUUAUCCCAACACUAACGGCCAUCACCUCAAGUCAAGACUUUAACUGGAUGAUCCACCCAAGUGCGCGACCCCUCAACUUACCACCAUAUCAAAGCCCUCGGCAUGGGGUGAUCCACAACCUGGGAGGGGUCUUGAAUAUGGGGCGAAGGAGAAAUGGAGAACAUCUCUCACCAGAGGAAGACGAGAGAAGACAAGUGCGACGUGAGAGAAACAAAGUGGCGGCAGCAAAGUGUCGUAACCGUCGCAAGGAGCUGACAGAUUACCUGCAGGCAGAAACAGACAAACUUGAAGAAGAGAAGUCAACUCUCCACAAAGAAAUUGCUGAGCUCCAGAAGCAGAAAGAUAAGCUGGAACUCAUCUUUGAGGUGCAUCAGCCUUUAUGCAAGUUCCCUGCCUCCUCCAAUCACAACGUCCAGCAAGUGGACAAGUCCAGGCUGGUCAAGGAAGAGCCACACGAAGAGCCACCCCGGGGACCCAAAGUCAACCUUCCCCGAAUAGAGCUGAGCGAGACACUUCUUGAGCCAGAGGCCCUACACACCCCAACACUCAUGAAGACCCCAUCCAUUACUCCUUUUACUCCAAACUCACUUUUCACUUAUCCUGGUCCCCAAGAAUCAUGUUCCACCGCCCACCGAAGGUUGAGCAGAAGCAGCAGCAGCAGCAGCGGAGAGCAAAGUCCCUGUUCUGUCAGUUCUAACAGCCUACUGAUGCUAUAGAAAAGAAACAAACACAUUUUCACUGUGUCUGCUUCCAGGUCUGCAUUCACCUGUUAGAAAUAGGAAUGCCAUCCCCAAAAGUUGUAUAGACACUCUGUAUAGGGGUUUAUUCAGUUUUUAGUAAGGCAUGUUAUCACUUCAUCCCUUAACAAACGACAUUACUUCCCAAUAAACGAUUCUAGUCCAUUAUACGGUUACAAGUAACUGACGGCCUCACCUUAAAUAUGGUGCCGGGUAAAGUCAAAGGCUGAGCCAGUGUUACAUUUAGUGGCAUUUUUAGUAGGAUCUCAUAUAAAAGCAGCAGUAGAGCAGGUUCUCUCUGUAUUUAUUAAAAAGAUAUUUUUAUAUGACUUGUGCUUGACGUGGAAUAAAUAAAUAAAAUACCCUUGAGAAUAUAUUUGUUUUGGGUUUUUUUCUGUAGCGAGUUUCAUUAAUGAGAGAUUAAUAAGAGAUUGUUCAGUGUGGAUUCCUUAAAGGGAUAUUGUCAUG